AUGCGGCUAGGGGACAAAAAUUCCGCAUAUUUUCAUGCCUUAACAAAGCAGCGCAGAGCUCGUAAUCGGAUCACUGGUUUGUUCUUUAAGGAUGACAUCUGGUCGACCGAGGAUGUGGAUAUUUGUAAUACUGCGGUAUCGUAUUUUGACGAAUUAUUUACCUCCACAAAUCCGGAUAAUUUUGAGGAGGCCCUAAGGGAGGUUAAUUCGGUGAUUACGGCGGAGGAUAAUGAGCAGCUCACCGGCCCUGCAACAGAGGUUGAAGUCAAGUCGGCUCUGUUUAUGAUGCACCCGGAUAAAGCCCCUGGUCCAGACGGGAUGACAGCUUUGUUUUACCAAAAAGCAUGGAGUAUCGUUAAGACGGACCUUGUUGGUUUGGUUAAUCGGUUUUUUGUGGAGGGAGUCUUUGAUAAGGAUCUCAAUCGCACUCAUAUUUGUCUUAUUCCAAAGGUGACCAAGCCAACUCGUAUGGCAGAACUACGUCCGAUUAGUUUGUGUACCGUUGGUUAUAAGAUUAUUUCUAAGAUAUUGUGUCAGCGGCUUAAGAAGGUUUUACCUGGUCUUAUCUCUGAAACUCAAUCAGCUUUUGUUCCAGGUAGGUUGAUCUCAGACAAUAUCCUUAUUGCUCAAGAGAUGUUUCAUGGUUUACGUACAAAUCCGUCAUGUAAAGGGAAAUUUAUGGCCAUAAAAACGGACAUGAGUAAGGCAUAUGAUAGGGUUGAGUGGGAUUUUGUGGCAGCUUUGUUGCAGAAAAUGGGUUUUGCAGAGUCUUGGGUUCUAAUUGCAAAUAUACAGAAAGCAGAGAGGAAUAAGCUUAUUACAGGGAUAAAGGUGGCGAACAAAUGCCCGCCAAUAUCACAUUUGUUGUUUGCUGAUGAUAGUCUAUUUUUCUGUAUGGCGGACAGAGAUCAAUGCCGGGUUAUUCUAGCUUUGUUGCAGAAAAUGGGUUUUGCAGAGUCUUGGGUCUCAUGGAUAAUGUUUUGUGUCUCCUCGGUUGAGUAUAAAGUUUUAAUCAAUGGACAGCCGAAUGGUUUGAUAGUCCCGCAGAGAGGAUUACGACAGGGGGAUCCUUUAUCCCCUUAUUUGUUCAUUUUAUGUACAGAGGUUCUAAUUGCAAAUAUACAGAAAGCAGAGAGGAAUAAGCUUAUUACAGGGAUAAAGGUGGCGAACAAAUGCCCGCCAAUAUCGCAUUUGUUGUUUGCUGAUGAUAGUCUAUUUUUCUGUAAGGCGGACAGAGAUCAAUGCCGGGUUAUUCUAGAUAUCUUGCAUCAGUAUGAAUCUGUUUCGGGACAACAAAUAAAUUUUUCAAAGUCCUCGGUCCAGUUUGGUCAUAAGAUUGAUGACCAGACAACGGCAGAGUUGCAGGAUGUUCUCGGGAUCCCAACUUUGGGUGGUAUGGGGUCAUACCUAGGUUUACCUGAAAGUUUGGAUGGGGCUAAAACCAAGGUUUUCUCUUUCGUCCGAGAACGGAUUCAGAGUCGGACGAAUGGUUGGACAGCAAAUUUUCUUUCCAAAGGAGGAAGGGAGGUGAUGAUCAAAUCUGUUGCAACUGCUGUUCCCACGUUUGUGAUGUCAUGUUUUCGGUUACCGAAAACAAUUACAUCCAAACUUACCAGUGCAGUUGCAAAUUUUUGGUGGAGCACUAAUGGACAGUCGAGGGGCAUGCAUUGGCUACCAUGGGAGAAAUUGUGUGUUAGCAAACAAUUGGGUGGACUUGGAUUUAGAAAUGUGGAUGACUUUAACUCGGCGUUAUUGGCUAAGCAAUUGUGGCGUCUGAUUGAUGUUCCGGACUCACUGUUUGCCAGGGUUUUUAAAAGUAGAUAUUAUAGGAAUACGCAUCAUAUGGAUCCGAUUAGGUCAUACUCUCCCUCCUAUGGCUGGAGGAGUAUAUGUUCAGCUUGCUCUCUGGUUAAUAAAGGACUUAUUAAACGGGUUGGCUCCGGGGACACCAUUUCUGUAUGGUCUGACCCUUGGGUACCAGCUCAAUUCCCGAGACCAGCUUUAAGUAAGGGCCUGGUAAAGGACCUUUCUCUUCAAAUGAAUCAGUUAAUUGAUCGACAGACAAAUACUUGGCGUAUGGAUAUGCUUAAUGAGCAUUUUGAUCCACUGGACGUUGAUUUGAUAGGGGCUAUACCUUUGGGUAGUAACCAGAAGGAUGAUCCCUUCGGUUGGCACUUAACGAAAACAGGGUUAUAUACAGUUAAAUCAGGCUAUCAUGCUGCACGGCAUGAUGCAUUUGGGACCUUUGCGGCAAUUGGUUCUGGCCCGGAAAUAACUACUCUCCUUGCUAGUGUUUGGGCUCUCGCACACGUGCUCGUGGGGUCUAUUGGCUUCCCAACGGAUUCAGUCUAUGCGAAUGUUGACCACUUCUUAGGGCAACAGAAUCCAGGGGCUCAGGUUGCGGCUUUCCCUUGGAUUAUGUGGUAUAUUUGGAAAGCAAGGAAUGCACGCGUUUAUGAGAAUAUUGUGGAGCGGCCGGAGGAUAUUGUUAGGAUAGCAGAGGGCGAAGCUUCAGCGUGGCAGCAGGCUCAGGUAGAGGUUGAUCAAGAGACCCUCCCUGCUAAUUCCAAGGAUCCCUGUUAG